UAUAAACCUCACCAGCACUACAUAUUUAAAACACAAACUAUGGGUAGAUUAAACAACACAGAAUUCUUGUCCCAGUUGACGGGAAUUCUUGGAGACAAUAAUGGGAAGUCGUCUGUAUACUUAACUCAAAAGAGAUUGACACCUGCCUUGGAUUUGGACGAAGGAUCAUCAGCUACAGGAAUCAACGACUUACCAUCCAAUGUGAUUAAUAACGAAGAUAACCAUGCCAUUAAUACAGACAAAUACCCAAUCCUCGUGAGGGUGUCGACCAGCGGUGCAGGAAAGAAGUCCAGCAACAAGCCAAAGAACAAGAUUUCCACCGUGGUGGAGAUUGACACCCUCGACCAGUUUUGGACCGAUUACUUGAAUGUGAUCAAAAAUGGAUUUGUAGGGUUGAAAAAGAAGGAAAAGAAAAAGAGUAAGAAGGGUAAGGUCUCCAAGUAGUGCACAUAUAGUCUAUUAAGAAUAAUAAUAAUAAUAAUAAAAUAAUAAGAAGAAGAAAUUUAUUAAGUUGUAAGAACUGGAAUUUACUAAUUUA